UUCUCACAGCACGGCGCAAAAUUCAAAAAUGGGAAUUCGAGAAAAGUCAGACUUCAAUUUGCAAUUCGUAUCAUUCAGCUGUGCUUUACUCGCACUCCUGUUCUUUGCAGCUGCAAAGAACUACACGCUAGAUUGGCGGGAGCGGCGUGUUGUCAAGCGGAAGCUGAAAGAGGCACGCAAGCACAUAGAGGAGAUGGCGCAGACUAAAAAAGUUCGACGCAGGAGCAUGAGCUUCUUGGACGAGCAGCCGGAGGUUUCAGAUGACAGCAGUGCGGAGUCAAAGCGGUGGCAGCGGCGGCGCUGGUCGAGUGGUGCUUGCCGUGCCCAGUUGCAGUCAUGGUCGGAAUCAGAGGGGGAGAGCGAUGACAGCAAAAAUCAAACACCGCAGACAAGCAGGAGGCGGCGCGGGUGGAAGCGCUUUAUUGCAGCGCUGCCCCUGAUGCCGCUGGCCACAGCGUAUGUGGUAGUGCGUCUUGGCUGGGAUGUCUUUGAGCUGCUAGUGUUCUGUACCAUCGACGCCUUGCUGAAUGCUGCAGCACACUCGCUAUCGACAGUGCGCACGGCUGCGGCAACCAUGCAUACGAUUGUCACAGGGCUUGUGACUCGGCUCAAUCUGAAGCAGCGCAUGGUUGAUGCAGCCAUUCUUAUCACCGAGACCACAGUUGUAUGGGCAUUCAAUACCGGCCUGCCUGCCAUCGGCUCGUUUAUCUCAUACUUGCUUGCGCGGUGCACUGACUUUGGCUGCUGGUGGCAAGAGACCGGUGGACCGGUGCUGCGCGAUUUUACCGAGCUUGCAGUGUUAGACUAUAUUGUGCCUGCCUGUAGUGCGACUGCUGCGGGGAUCUCGGCCACAUAUUGGCGGGUAUGCUGGCUUGCUAGACAGAUUUGGAAGGCAGCCAGGAUUUUGAGCCGGGACUUGAUGUGCGACCUUGUCUUAUUGUGGCAGUGGAUCGGCGCUGUGUCUGGCUGGCUGAAGCACCACCGGCAUUGGCUACGACCUGUGCUGCUCAUGCUGCUUCCGUCCUCGGAGCGGAUCCGCAUGGUCAAGGCAUUCGUCAGCGGAGUGAUGGCACCCUGGAUCUGUACCAAGGCAGUUCUGGCAUAUGAGCGUGCAUGGCGACCCGCUUUUCGGGUCUGUAUGCUUGCAGGCGACUGUGCUAUUCAGUUUCUGGUCGGAUCCGCAAUUCUACUAUUCAGCCGAAUCCAGACAUCUACUGUUUGGGCGCGUCUUGUACCCUUGCUGAAGCAAUCCAAGAAUGCACUCAUAGCUGGCAUUCGACUUGUCAAGCAUUUUUCGGCAACCGUGAUUCCCGGGGUGGUGGAGGUGUAUCUUCGCAUGCAGGCGCUGCUGGCCAAGUAUUCAUGGCUCAUCCAAUACAGCCAUGCUGCAUAUUCACGGGCCCGCGAAAUGAUAUUGCCGAGGAUGCAGGCAAUGGCCGCCCAUGCAUCGCAGCUGUGGGCUUUCACAGUCUCGUACAUGGGCCGGCUGGCCUCUGGAAUUCUGGUGGCAAGGCUCAGACGUAUUGCUUGGACCGUUGCUACAUCGUUUUUCCGCCACUUGUGUGGUGCUUGGCAAGGAGCAACUGUGCACAUGUCGAGGUUGUUGCAGCGACUCCAGCCGCUUCGAUUGCUUGCGAAAACCCAUGCGUGGAUUCUGUCAAGUGAGCUCGUAAGCUACGUACACCACCUGGCGUCAAGCUAUUGGCAGCAGUUGCUUGUGCACAUCAGCACCAUUGCUGCUGGGCUAUGGCCCAUUGCCAUACAGGGAUGGCGGGACAGCAUCCAGGUCCUCGUGGAGAUGUGUCGGCAGCUGGCAGCAGCGGUGGAUUUGGCCGUGGCCACAAUUGGUGACUUGAUUGUCGACUUUGCCCGCCGAAGCACAGUUCACAGUAACAGUCUGUCGGGUCGCACAUCCUCGGUGUAUGGCAGUGACGGUCUGCCCGAGAAGAAGAAGCUAUAAAUACUCUUGCUGGUGCCUGACUGUUUACAUUAGUUUGUUGUGGA